AUGCGAGAAUCGACACCAACAACAGGCUUUCAAUUAGAAAAGGCGGAAGAAGAAUUUCUUGUCAAACGCGUUGCACAUGAAAAAAGCAAUAGAUCAUCAGAUCAUACAGAAGAAGUUAUAGAAACUAGCAAAACCGAAAGUUCAAUAAAGCCUGUUGUUAACGUAAUGUUGGAAACAUCAGAAAAAAUGAGAGAUAUGAAAAAAAAAGAUUUUAUAGAUGGACAAGAAAGGGAGGAAGAAAUGAGUUUCCAUUCCCCAACGGCAGGAACAGUCGAAGCUUAUAAAGGUUUAACCGCACAGGAUAGACGAAAUGUAGUUCUACUAAUUAUUCUAUAUUUACUUCAAGGAAUACCAGUUGGGCUAGCGUUUGGAUCAAUACCCUUUCUUCUUAAAUCAAAGUUAACAUAUUCACAAUUAGGAAUAUUUUCCUUGGCUACGUAUCCUUAUUCAUUAAAAUUAUUAUGGUCACCGCUUGUAGAUUCUAUAUAUUCGAAAAGAGUUGGACGUAGAAAAAGUUGGAUAAUACCUAUUCAAUUGAUGACAGGAAGCCUUUUUAUGUGGUUAGGAGACAAUAUUGAUCAUUUGUUUUCAAAGGAUAAACCAGAUGUCUAUGUUCUUACUGCCUUAUUUUUCAUAUUGAUUUUUUUUUCUGCGACGCAAGACGUUGCGGUUGAUGGAUGGGCUUUAACUUUACUAUCAAAAAACAGUUUAUCGUAUGCCUCUACCUCCCAAACUAUUGGGUUAAAUACUGGAUAUUUCUUAUCAUUUACUGUUUUCUUAGCAUUUAAUUCUGCAGAUUUCAGUAACAAGUAUUUUAGAAGUGAACCAAGCGAAGAAGGAAUUUUAGCACUUGGAUCAUACCUUACUUUUUGGUCGUUUGUAUAUUUUGCAGUGACCCUUUGGUUAAUAUUUGCUAAAAGUGAAGAUGCAACAUAUUCAGAUGAUGAAAUGGAUAUUAAAACUGUUUAUCAAACUAUUUGGAAUAUUUGUAAAAUGCCACAUAUGAUGAAACUUAUUUUAGUACUUUUAACAGCUAAAAUUGGAUUUAUUGCCAAUGAAGCUGUCACAGCAUUAAAAUUAAUGGAAAAAGGAUUUAGUAAAGAAGAUUUAGCAUUGGCAGUAUUGAUUGAUUUUCCAAUACAGAUUUUAGUUGGAUAUUAUGCAGCUAAAUGGAGUAAUGGACCACAACCAUUAAAACCUUGGAUAAAUGCAUUUUAUGGACGUAUAUUUUUUGCAUCUGUAGGUAUGCUGGUAGUGUACGUAUUCCCUGAAAAUAACAAAGUUUCAUCAAGUAUGUUUUAUGUUGUGAUUGCAAGCAUAGUUUUAAGUUCUUUUACAAGUACUGUACAGUUUGUUUGUAUAUCAGCUUUUAUGUCAUCAAUUGCAGAUCCUGUGAUUGGUGGAACAUACAUGACACUUUUGGCAACAUUUAGUAAUUUUGGAGGUACAUGGCCUCGUUUCUUUGUAUUGGAAGCGGUUGAUUAUUUCACAGAUGCUUCAUGUCGUAAACCUAUAACAAUUCCAUCAGAGGUUGAAAUAAAACAUGACUUGACACCUAAUUUACAGCCAAUAACUUUGACUGAUCUGAAUUCUACUACUUUAACAAUAUCGGGACCAUUAGGUAGUCAUUCUAUGCCAAUAAAACCAUUUAUUAAAAUUGAGAUUAUUGCAAAUGAAGAGAAACGGAAAAGAGAAAUAUUAUCAGCCAGGAAAAAAGAAGUUUUAGAAAGCGUCAAAAAUCAAGAUGUUAUCUUUAUUGAUAGUGAUGUGAGUGAAAAAAAGUUGCGUGUAGACAUUCAAAGUAAGAGCGUAGAACAUCAGAGAGCAAUGUGGGGUACAACUAGAGCUUUAAUAGCAAAUUAUGUUAUUGGUGUCAGCGAAGGUUUCAGAAUACCUAUAAGACUUGUAGGUGUUGGCCAUAGAGCUAAUAUGGAAUCAGAUAAAUUGGUUCUUAGAGUUGGUUACACACAUCCAAUUCAACUAGAAGUUCCAGAUGGAAUAAAAUGUGAAGUGCUAAACCCUACUCAAAUAUUAUUAAUUGGAAGUGAUUAUGCACAAUUAACAUUAUUUGCUGCGAAUAUACGUAAAAAUAAAAAACCUGAGCCUUAUAAUCAAAAAGGUAUUUUUGUUGGUGACGAAACCAUCAAAAAGAAAACAAGUAAAAAGAAAUGA